AUGUUCAUGUUCUGCGCCGCCGACUGGUGGUCUGGCUUGGACCAUGCCGCUGGAGAGGAGGUCGUCCGAGCCGAAGUGGAUCUGAACCUUAGGAUGCCCAAGGAGGAUGUCGAGCUGUACGAUCCCCAAGUGAUGGCCAAGCGAGAUCCGCCGACCCUGGGCGUGAAACUCAGGAGAGUUGCGAGCAAGUCUCAGAUCAAGUCGAACAUGAUCCUGCCAGGUGCCUCGCCUGGCUACGUUCAACACGCCCAGGAAGCGAACACGCGUUCCGAGGACACCUCCGCCAAGACGGAGAGGAAAAUUCCCCGAGCGACGACUCUCGGGACCCCGCUCGAGCUGGAGAAAUUCUUGCAAGAGGCCAGAACUGAGCUUUUUGUCUCGGCGCCCGCCACGACCUCGCUCCAGAAGUCGGGGGCGACCACGGAACCACCGCCCAACCUUCAAGAGGUCAGCACGGCUAUACAAAGUAAGUAUCUGGGUACCAUGGUCCCCUACUACCCCGCCGGCAUCAGCCAGAAGGCACAGAGGGAGAAGGCAGCCGGAACUGAGCCUUCUUUCUCGGCGCCCGCCACGACCUCGCCCCAGAUGUCGUCGGCGACCACGGAACCACCGCCCAACUUUCCAGAGGGAAGAACCGAGCCUUCUCUCUCGGCGCCCGCCACAACCUCGCCCCAGAUGUCGUCGGCGACCACGGAACCACCACCCAACCUUCAAGAGGAUAGCUCCGCCACGAUCCAGAGGAAAUGGGCCCGAGCGACGACCUUAGGGACCCCGCUCGAGCUGGAGAACAAGUCUCAAGAGGUUGCCAGCGGGAGCCUGGUGCUGUCUUUCCGGCGCCGAGACAAGAGAGCAGUGACGGUCCACUUCACGCAUCGGCCCAUCUGCCUGCGAUUCUCAAAGGAAUGGCCCUUCAAAAUUGUGGCGAUUGGCAGGGACUAUAGCGGCAGCAAAGCCGUGGAGGUGGACUGGACUCUGACGCACAUCGAUGACCUUGAGCUCAAGCAUUCCCACACCGAUGCAGUACUGUUGGUCGGGAGAGCUGUGCAACGCCUGCCACGGAGACCAGGAGAUGCUCGCCAGUCCAACUGA